CAAUUAAAAGCAUAGUGGUUCUCUCCAAAAUUGCACAACAAAUGAUAGCAUAUUCUAACUUGUCUCUUGAUCAUGUGUUUCCUCAUAGUGCAAUUAAAAAACCAAAAUCUCAUGUAAUAGGAACAAAACGCUUUUUUAAAUAAAAAAAAAACGAAUAUACUGGAAGUGGCCACCUUGAACAACACCUCGACGACAAGCUUCUACUUGAGGAAGGAUUCCUUUAGCCAACCCAAAUAAUUUUCUACGACCUGCAGGACGUGUUUUCUCUUUGAAGUGAACAUUAUCCACCCAACGCAAAAAUGACACAGGAGAACAUAUUUCUCUUUGUUCCCAAUUUGAUCGGCUACGCUCGCAUCAUCUUGGCGUUGCUCUCCUUCUUGCUGAUGCCUUGCUGUCCGUGGUCCGCCUGCUUCUGCUACAUGCUGAGCGCGCUACUGGACGCCUUCGACGGCCACGCCGCCAGGGCACUCAACCAAUGUACCCGAUUUGGCGCCAUGUUGGACAUGCUGACUGACCGCUGCGCCACGAUGUGUUUGCUGGUCAACCUGUCGCUGCUGUACCCUGCCUACACCUUCCUCUUCCAGCUCAGCAUGUGUCUGGACAUCUCCAGCCACUGGCUGCACCUGCACAGCUCCACCAUCAAAGGCGCAGCCAGUCACAAGAGCAUCGACCUUUCCGGCAACCCCAUCCUGCACCUCUACUACACCAACAAGAUGGUUCUCUUUGUCAUGUGUCUGGGCAACGAGCUUUUCUUCUGUCUGCUCUACGCCCUCCAUCAUGUCCAGCAGCCUGAAGCAUGGCUGUACUGGCUGCUGGGACUCAGCGGGGUGGUGUGCGUGCUCAAGUCGGCCAUCAGCGUGGUGCACCUCAUUAACUCCUCCCAGAACAUGGUCGCCAUGGAUGCCGCAGAGCGCGAGAUAGCCAGGAAGACGCAGUGAGAGCGCCGACGACGUCUUUUGACUGCUUUAAGUAUUGUUGACUCGCGCUGGUUUAUGUGUGACUUCUUUUGGUUAAUUAACCAGCCUUUUUUAAUUAUUUAUUCUUCUGGGGACCUCGAGCCAACUCGUGUUUUUUGCACACAUUUUAGCCACAAACUGACUUAGCUUAGCAUUGAUGGAUGGAAUUAUCUUUUAUGUUUUGAACAAAGGCCUUCAUGUAAAAACGUUUUCAAUCAUGUGUGCUAAUUUGUGUUGAACUGUAUCUUUUUUUACACGUGUGCUGCUCUAGUUGAUCUAGAAUGGGUGAUGUUACAUUUGCAGAAUGUAUUUUUAGAGAAUAUCAGUAUACACAAGUUUGAACUCUGCAGCAGUCGUCCCCCGUUUAUCGCGGUUAAUUGGUUCCCAGCCUGACCGCCGAAACGGAUAUUUGCAAAGUAGGAUUAUUAUUGAUAAACUAAAUAUUUUCAGAAUUACACAAUUAUUAGAGUCCUGUAAACAUAACGUUCAUAUAGUUCAAUUUUCACCCAAUAUAGUAGCCUUGAGUGUGUUCUACUGUACAUUACAGUACUCACUGGUAGCCUGGAGGAUCCUCCAAGCUUAAUUUCUAUGGUUGUCACCCGGCCACUACAACACAACCACUACCUGGAAAUACUUUAUCACAUCCUGGUUAAUUCCUUUAAGUUAGAACAUGUGCUGAAACCACAGGGGUAAAUUGUUCUGCAAAAGUUGGUAAACAUGACAGUCGCAGCUAUGACCAUGAGCUGUGUUGUUAGCAUUCCAUGCAGUACAUUUUGAAGAUGAAGUGUCUCAACAGAGUUAAUCUCCACUUAGCAUCGCUAACAGCUGCUCA